AUGGCUACAAGCGCCCACCCCAGCACCGACCCUGCGGUAUACCAGGAGUAUGAGGCAAAAUGGUCAGCUCUACCCAAGGGCGAGAAGGAGUGGAUCCAACGGGCCAUCGACGUCGCCGAGGUGCUUGCCAAGGACGCUGCCGUUCGGGAUAAAGAAAACAAAUCUCCCAAGGCGGAAAUUGCUCUGCUGAAGCAUUCGGGGCUGCUGAAGAUUCUCGGCCCGGCCAAGUACGGUGGCGGUGCGGAGCCGUGGACUGUUGGGUUCAGGACGAUCAGAGAGGUCGCCAAAGGGGAUGGAUCCAUCGGAAUGCUUCUCGCAUACCAUCUGAUUUGGUCGACCAUUGCGAACGUGGUCGGUUCUGCAGAGCAAGCCGACCGCGUCCAGAAAGAGAUCAUCUCGAACAACUACUUCGUGGGAGGCGCCGUCAACCCCCGUGACAACGACCUUACCAUCAAGUCCGACGACAAGGGCCUUAUCUUCAACGGCUUCAAGAACUUUAGCACCGGCGGCGUGAUUUCAGAUCUUACCGUCCUCGAGGGCGUCUACGAGGAAACCGGCGAGCACAUCUUCGCCGUCGCGCCCACGCAGCAGGCCGGCAUCCAGUUCAAGCACAACUGGGAUAACGUUGGCUUGCGUCUGACGGAGUCUGGAGGCGUCAAAAUCGAAAACGUAUCGCUCCCGUGGGCGGAUGCGCUGGGCUGGGACCCGGAGACAAAGAGGCCUGAUCCUGCUAUCCUGGGAGUUCCAUUCGGAAGCAUCUUUCUCCCGACUAUCCAGCUUGCGUUUAGCAACUUCUAUAUUGGCAUUGCCUGGGGUGCUCUCCACUUUGCCUCAGAUUACACUCGCAAGAACACAAGGGCCUGGCCAUAUGGCGGUGAUAACAAAGAGGCUGCCUCAGACGAGUUCUACGUCCUGUCCACGUACGGAAACCUCUUCGCCCACCUCCGCGCAGCUACAGCAUUGGCUGAAAAGGCCAACGCAGAAGCCACGGCCCUCUACGAGAAGUACUCGAACAACCGAGCAGAGUUUACGGCCAAGGAACGUGGUGAAUUUGCCGAGUGGGUUGCAAGCACCAAAGUGGUGGCUACAGAUACCAGCUUGCGGGUAACAGCCGGUGUCUUUGAGGUGACGGGUUCUCGAUCUACAGCCAGCAAGGUUGGCCUGGAUCGGUUCUGGAGGGAUGUUAGGACCCAUACUCUGCAUGAUCCAGUCGCAUAUAAGAAUCGCGAGCAGGGUAGCUACUAUCUCUUGGGCGAAGCCCCGGAGCCUACUUGGUACACCUAG